CAAGUCUCCAAAGUCUGAACCUGUAUCAUUUAUUUGACCUAAUUUGCAACCAAAGAAACCCUAAUUUUCAUUUGCCUCAGCCUCGAUGAGGAUUUCGCCCUAGGGUUACCGUUACCCAAGACUCUCACUUUGCUGAUCAAGAUUCUCAAAUGCAACUCGGAUGGCGAUGAAGCGAGACCUCCCGGAAUCCGAUAAGCGCCUCUGCCGCGGCUGCGGCUCCUCCGAGCGGUGGCUCCUCCACUACAUCCGCCUCCGCGGAACCUUCCAGCGUCUCUGCACCAACUGCGUCCUCAAGAACCACCCCGGCCUCUUCUGCCCCGUCUGCCUCGACGUCUUCGACUUCGACCACCCCCCGCAGGCGCGUGACCGCGUCAUGUGCGUCAAGUGCCCCUCCAUCGCCCACAACGACUGCGCCAACUGCGCCUCCUUCGAGUGCCCUCCCUGCUCCCAAUCCGCCUUCUCCUUCUUCAACUUCGACCGCAACAGCGGCGGCGCCGACGCUGCUGCGAUGCUCCUCGGGAAGGAAUCCGCCAAGGCCUUCGUGGCCGCGGCGAAAAUCGCGGCCAAUUCGAUGAAAAAGGCCGCCGCCGCCGCCAGGAGCGACGCCGAGCGCCGCGUCAAGGAGGCGGUCUCGGCGAAGAAGAGGGCGAGGGAGGCGCUGGAGGUGCUGGCGUUUCUGGUGAAUAAAGAAAAGGAGGAGAAGGAUUCGAAAGGCGGAGGAGAGCUGAAUUCGGGUAGAGUGGAGCACCAGAAGCAGAAAUCGGAGACGAAUCCCGGUGCAAUGCAAGUUCUGGCCAACCUUGCUACUUCUAUGGCGACUGAGGGAACCAAUGGGGUGCGAGAUAAUCAAUUGCAGACCAAUGAUAUGGAGGAAGGAGGUGAUCAAGUCAAGGAAGGAGCUUGAUCGGUUUGGCAUGUGCAUUAGUUUCAGCUGUGUGAGUCUCUUUCUUAGUUGCAGUUUUUUUUUUUUUUUCCUUAAUUUGAUGCGGCUCCUGAGAAUUUUUCCGGUGACAAUAUAGAUCAUUAGUUGUUGUGUACUCAAUUUUCCCAUACAGUUUUGUGUAGCUGAUUAUCAAUGUGAUUCUCUGGUCCGCUUUGUAUCUACUCUGUUUAUCACCCUCUGCUUUUGGCCAGUUUAGCUUGAAUUGUGGGUUGGCUAUAGAUUUCUACAUGAUCUAUGUGAUGGCUUUUUGCUUC